UUUCCCUCUCAAACAGAGGGAUGAUUCAAAACUGCAUCGAUGGCUAAUUAAAGUAGAUUUUAAUGUGUUAGAAAAUCUUCAAGAGCUGCUUGUUUUGAUAACACUGGUUGACGGCCGUCUGUGUUUGCUGCGCGCUGAUUGGUCGCCCCCUCAAAGGGGCGUGGUUUUGUCAUAACAAUACAUUUGAAGAAAACACACGCGCCAAGGAAUGUUUAAUGUCGUUGGGAUUUUAGCGUUUCUUUUGUCAGGUCUAACCGUGUUGUGUGCUCAGGUAGACACAGUCGUUAACUAGCAGCUCUCGUGUGAUUUACCGGAGAAAAGAAAAACUAAAUAAACGCACAGCCUAUUCAGCAGGCGAGAGCGUAUUAGCUUGCUAACGGUUAGCAAGCUAAUACCAGUUCCGUUGAGGAUAAUUCUUGUUAAAAGGCUCUCGGACAAGACUGUAGUAAAUUGUUGCCCCUGCCCUUUUUAUUUUCUGUUGGAAGAUUAUGUCGGGUUAAACUUGGUUUUAUUCAAACGUGAUUUGAUGUGACACGGCAUUUUGGUGGAUAAAACACCUGCAGUUUACUCCCAUGACCGAGGAAGCAGAAAUCUAGCCAAGGUUACGACAAUCAGAGGCAACAUACAAGUGCCUCCACAAUAAGGUUUCCUUUCCCAGAACGUGACUCGUCUGUACGACGUCACAAAUGCGACCAUGGGAAAUAGCAGUAAAUAGGCUGCCACCAACAGCCCCCUUAAACCCAAGGAGGUUCCUUGGAGAUCCCUGCAACGCCCCCGUGCAUCUCAGGAGAAGUACACCCGUGAGACGCCAGUGGGGAAGAAGAGACAGGCCUGUGCUGCACUCUUCCUCGGUCCAGGAUGAGAACUUCCACCAACUGCUUUUCUCCCAACAUCCCCAACAGGUUCCUUUAGAUGAGUCUAGGCAGUACAGCCACACCAGCACAGCACCCCGCAUGCUUCACCCUGCUGCCCACCUGCCCCCGCAGAGCCCCAUCAUGGUGGAUCUACACGACCAGAUGCACCAGGGAUCCGUUCCAAUAUCGUACACUGUUACAACGGUGACGACCCAUGGAUUCCCCAUCCACACCGGGCAGCCCCUCCCAGGGUGCAACACUCAGCAGCUCCCAGCAUGCUCGGUAAUGUUCAGCGGACAGCUCUCUCUGCUCUGCUGCCUUCCUCCUCCUCUCAUUCAGGCAUGUACCAUGCAGCAUAUUCCUGUGUCUUAUCAAGCCUUUCCGCCGCUGAUCUCCAGCGAACAUUUUGUAUUGCACCCGACCCCAUCGGUACCUCCACACCAGCCGCCGCACCUUGCUCCUUUGAGCCAGUUUGUCCCUUUACAGCCUCAGCACCCACGCAUGCCUCUACAGAGGGUAGAGAAUGAAGUUGACCUAAGAGGAGACCAGCACCCACUAGGCACCUUCUCCUACCCUCCAUCUCAUCACCAACCAGCGCUGCCUCCUUCACUGCCCCUACAGUAUCUUCCUCAAGAGCCUCUGCAUCAGGAGCUUCCCUUUGGAGUGCCAUAUCCCCACCUGCUGCCGCGGCGAGUCAACGGUCAGAGGUUUCGGCUGCAGCAGCCUCUCCCCCCUCCUCCUCCACCUCCAUCCUACUAUCCAGGCUUCCUCCCUUACUUCUUGUCGAUGCUUCCUGUGCCUCCAACAGCAAUGGGCCCAGCCAUCAGCCUAGACCUGGAUGUGGAUGAUGUGGAGAUGGAGAACUAUGAAGCAUUGCUGAACUUGGCAGAAAGACUUGGUGAGGCGAAACCACGUGGACUCACAAAAGCAGAUAUAGAGCAGCUUCCAUCCUAUAGAUUCAACUCAGAAAAUCAUCUGUCGGAACAAACGCUGUGUGUUGUGUGCUUUAGUGACUUUGAGUCUAGGCAGCUACUUCGGGUAUUACCUUGUAACCAUGAGUUCCACGCCAAAUGUGUGGAUAAAUGGUUAAAGACCAAUCGCACUUGUCCUAUCUGUCGAGCUGAUGCCUCGGACGUACACCGGGAGGUGGAGUGAGCGCCUUCUCUGAGUGCUGAACUGAAAAGCUGCACACACCAGAGUAUGUCUCAGUGCUGGGGACACCUGCCACAUAACCUGCGUCCUCCAGUAAACAUAGCUUACCAAUCCACCACUCCUGUUCCUCCUUAGACAAAAAGCAGCCCAGGAUUGUGUCUGGAGCGUGUCGUACCUCUGCUGUGCUUCAUUAUCCGCGUGUCCUGAAACCCACUGCCUACUGCAGCCUAGAGCCAGAGCUCUGGGCUCGCCAGCCACUUCCUUCUGCCCCGUGUUGCAGAUUCCAAAGAUUUCCCCUACAAUGCAUUAUUUGCUGCUUUUGUUUACAGGGUUUCUUUUUGGAUUAUUUUGGAUGGUGGUGUUGACACACAAAAAGGGAGGGGGCCUUGGAUUGGAGGAGUCAGAAGCCCAGAGGAUAUUAGGCUGGACACUUUGUGCAAUUAGCAGAAAAAUAUUAGGAGUACUUUGGUGUGGGUGUCUGUGUUUGGAGAAGCUUAACCAUCAGAGAUGCAUGCUUGUGUAGUUGUUGGGCAAAGUGACUUGUUAAUAUUGUAUGUUCUGCAAUAACGUAUUGAUUCUUUUACCAGUUUUACUCCUAGGUUGUUGUUGUUUUGUUUACUUUGCCAAUGCUAUUGUGAAAGUGUGACUGUCUGUGGUCACAUGCAGACUGUGUUAAGCCCGAGGUCACGGACUGCAGAUGUCAGGACACACAGCUGCAGGGUACCUUUUCACCCCCACCCUCCAGUCCAUUCUGGAUCACAUAUCUGUACACAUGCAGUGAUGGACUACGUCUUUUUGAGGUCAUCUGCCAUAACUGCACAAGUGCUACAUCCGCCCUCCACGUCAGCAUUGUUCCUCUGGCGCGUGUGUGUGUGUGUGUGUGUGUGUGUGUGUGUGUGUGUGUGUGUGUGUCCUGUUCACGGAGCCAAUGCAUUUUGUGUAACCACUGGAUACAGGGCAGCAUGCUAGGAUUUGCAUGAACUGUUGAUUCAGACUAGCAAUAUUUAAAUCAAGCAUUGCCACCAAAACGAUUCACGUGUAGAAAAAAAAGAAAUGUAAAAAAAAAAGCACGCAACUAAAAAGAACUACUUGCUCAUCCAAAAAGCACUAUGAGCAGGAAACCCUAGCAUGUGGUUACUCUCUGGCUGUGUUGAGGAGGAGGAACCUCGUCUGAAGGCUUUGCUCUGGAGGCCUGUGCAGAAAGCAAUAUGUGCAGCGAGUGGAGAGUUUAAAACCAACGAGCAUCAGCUUCCCUUUUAGGAAGACUUGGGCUUUUUAUUUCUUUGUUUGUGAGCCAAACCCAACACAUAUAGCCUACUGUUAAAGAAUUCAGAUCUGCCUUUUUAUGACGUUGACAAGCACAAACCUGUUACGAUUCCUGAGAAUCCUUUGUCAUUUCCACUUCCUUUUUAAUGUUUAUUUAUUGGUUUUGUUGUUGAAGGACAGCGUGGCAGCACUAACAGUCCGGUAGCGGGCCAGGUCUUUGGCCGUGGGAAUGGUGUUGCUUCAGUGCGAAUGCUUGUAAGGAAAAAUGUCUGAAGACAAAAGAAUGUUGAAAGCCCUUAGUAGAAGUCACUGUUGCCGCACGGCAGCUUCAGCUGGAGCCCAGAGACACUGCUGAGGCCUCUUGUCCCCGCUCAUGUUAAAAUUAGAAAAAAAUACAGGAAGUACUCUGGGUGGGAAAGGAACGAGCAACACAUGAACUUUGCUUUGACUUGACUCUCCUGACUGCCCCGGUGAGCACUAACGGGCAGCUGGAGCCUUUGCUUUGAUGUAUCGAGGGUUCUUGCCUUUUCUUUGUUUUGUUUCAGUGAAUGUGAGUCCUGGACGUGUGCCACCUUCAAGAGAAAAAAAUAAGCCAUUCAACGCGUUAGUUAACCCCACAGCUUUGAGAAUUAACCUAUGUGUACAUAUCUAUUUGCUGGCAUAUAUUGUAUGUUAAAAAAAUCACUCAGGGCCUCGGUAUAUAAAAAUAAAGGUGAAAUGGUAAGGAUGCCAUGAAAAGGGUAUAUCUGAAUUUAGUUUGGUCGGUUUUUUUUAAAUGAUUUCAUGUAAUCAAUGAUAUUCUGUUCUGUCUGAAAUAGUAGAUAUUACACCGUAUAAAGAGCGGCAUGCAGGAAAAGAAUAAGUAUGUUAACGAUAUUCACUGAAAAAGACUCAUUACCGUGUUAUCCAGACCUGUUUACUUCUGUUCUUGUACUCAAACCCACAUGUUCAGUUGUGGUCCCGUAUCUAAACGUGCCACGGUGCACUCCUUCCUCCCGAUUCACUCCUAGACCCACUUCACAGGUGUUUGCAUGACUUAUUACAGAGAAAUAAAAGUAAAACAAAUGUGUUCUAGUGGAGGAUUAUCUCAGUCUGGUGGGGACCUAUUUAAAGGUGCACAAUAUGCAUGCUUGUUAACCGGACCCCAACUGUUCUUUUUUAUUCCUUUAGCUCUAGUCGGCUUUGGGUUCUGGAGGUUUGGAUCCUAACGCUCAGCUGAUAACUGCCAUGCAUUGUACUGCACACAUUUGUAAUAGAACUGAAUGACUACAAGAUUUUAUGCGCUACGUUCAUUUUAUAGCGAGGGGGGGUAAGAAAAGGUCCGGAGAGCAGGAACUUACUGUUAUUGCCCUGAUGACUGAACGAGUACACGCUCUGAAACUACUGUAGUCUUCUCAAAAAGCCAUAGUGACAAGGUGCUAGGUGUCGCUUUUAGGUAUGAAACUCACGCGCGUGAAUGCAAUAGUUUGUCAUGGACUUAUGUAUUCUUAAAGCAUGUUGUACCAAUACCCCUAAACGAUGUCGGUGAAAGUUAUUCUAGUUUAAGGGAUUAAAAGAAAAGAAGAAAAAAAGAAUCAAAGUGUUGUCAUACUUAUUUCAGUGUAGUAAUGUAUCUGCCUGUCGGGCUCUGUGUAUGAAUAACUAAAAUGUAUUGUUCACAUAUAGGUAUCACAAUGUUAGCACUGUUCUUUUUAAAGGAGAUAUUUAAUUGACAGUAUCAUAUAAAACUAAAGGAACCUCCCAUUAAAGGCUAGGCAACAAGCUCAUUUUAACGACAGUAAGAGUAAUCCCAGCUUGUGGUGCACAGAUGUUUUCCAAUAAGCAGCUAGUUUAUGUAGGGUUUGUGAUCAUUUGCUGUGUAGACACCAUUUAUUGUUUACCAAUGAUCUGGUUUGUGUUGUUUAGCAGUGGUGGGAUGGUGGGUCCCCUCCGGAGAGCCAGCCUAGCCCCACCACCAGAGCCAGGGGCGUGUGUGCGGUUAGGCAGAUGUUUGCUUUGGUACUUGCACAUUUACAGUUACCUCAUUGUUUUUGUUUUCCAUGUUCGUACCCGUGGGUGGAGGGAGAAAACAAUUAAUAUAUAUUAUAUAGGAAAUGAUGUCAUCAUUUCUUCAUUCCAUUGGAAUCGUUUUGUUUGUAGCAUUUAACACUAGUUGGUGUAUUCUGUAUACAUCUGUAUACUGUCUGAAAUUUUUAAGAUUUGUACUUUUUUUAAAUGAAAGUUGCUAGUUAUGCUUUACCAAGUAGUGCAAUCAUUUUUUAAUUGUUGUGGCUGACUGGAGAGGGUUGUUCACUAAUAAAUGUAUGAUGUAUACUCGCUA